AUGGACGCGAGUCCAAAGGAGUCUCAGAUUCGUUCCCCAAAAGCUGACCGUAUAGUUCUUUUUAAUAGUAAAACAGAUUCUAAUGACAAUCAGAAUAGUGCUGAACCGGACAGAAAUACUGAAUUUGCUGUAGUUCAUUAUUCACGCGAACCAGAUUAUUGCCGAGACCUAAUCAGAGGAUCUAUGCGCCCUCAAAGGCGUAAAACAGUAACUUAUAAACUCUUUCAAGGAACUGCACACUCCCCUCUUUUUUUGGAGAUAAUGGGCGACUACGCGUUCUUGUUUGGUGAUCUUGUCUAUGAUAUCUCCCAAUAUUUGAAAGAAUAUUUCAGGAAACCGGGUACUGAUAAUUCGGAAUUUUUGGCGUUUGAGAAAACGAUAGAACAGAAAGAGAUAGAGGAAAACAAAGACGAGUCUGAAAUAAGACUUAGACAAAUCGAAGAAGCCUGGGAGAGCAUUCUCUAUGAAGAUUUGAGGGAUUGGAGAAAAGAAGUCCAUAUUUACUGCACCUAUCAGGGCGUUCCAGUAUCUCACACCGCGUUGCCAACAAACUGGUUCUGGGAGGGUAUUCAGAUAAGGAUCUUAUUCCCUUUUGUUCUGAAACCGUGGCACAAUAAGUUUUAUGGAAACAAAAACAUUACUGAUGUAGCCCAGUUAAAGUUAGAAAAGAAAGAAUACGGGAAGCAAGCAGAUCUCAAAUCAUAUCUCUCAAACUAUUAUAGGGACACUCGACGCCGUAGAGAAUUGAGAAUUCUAAUUUGUUUGAACCCACAGAAUAGAAAUACUGUGCAUAGAAACACAAUAAAUGACACUGAGAAAAAACGAAAUAAUUCUUCUGAAGUUUUGACUCAAAAUGAAGAUAUUGAUAGCGAUACAAAAAAACUAAUGACUUUAAAAUUCUUUCUUUGGCCAAAUUAUCGAUUCGAAGAUUUAGCUUGUAUGAACCGCUAUUGGUUUGAUACACAUAAUGGAAGCCGUUUCAGUAUAUUAAGAAUACAUAUGUAUCCUCGAUUGAAAAUCUAG